AUGGGCGGCCCUCGCGAAGACAAUGUGACAGGACUUCUUGUUAGAGCACCUCAGACAGAAUGGCGCAAGAGUUCCAUGAUCGCGAUUGACGCAGGGGCGCACCUGGCGAGCAUUAUUCGCAUUCUCGAAAGAGAUAUGCCUCUUAUAUCAGAAAAGCUGCCUCCCAAAGACUAUUGUCAGGUGCUGGAAGGAGGACCAUUCGCCGGUGUACGCUUUCCGAACAUAUCUGCCAAAGCGAACGCCCUGUAUCUCUUUCGGGAGAUCCUCCAUGCCUUUCUCAUCACACAUCCACAUCUUGACCAUCUGUCUGCCAUGGCCAUAAACACACCAGCCUUGGAGUAUGGCCGAGAGGCAAAAGAAAUCGUGGCUCUACCCUCUACUAUUGAGGCCAUCAAAAACCAUAUCUUCAAUGACUGGCUCUGGCCCAACUUAUCCGAUGAGGGAAAUGGCGUGGGAUUUGUCACCUAUCGACGACUGGUCGAAGGAGGUAAUCCACGCUUAGGGUUGGGAGAGUCUCGAGGGUAUGUGAAUAUCUGCGAUGGUCUGGCCGCGAAAUGUUGGAGCGUCAGUCACGGCAAAUGCCAUCGAAGGACUCACAGCAUAUCCCACCAACACGGUGAUUCGUUUGGAUGGAAUCAGUCUGAUUACAGCUUUCCGUCUCGAAGACUGUCCCGUAUCUCAGACGACCACGGUUAUUUUGCCGCAGUGACCCAGCAAUUGCAAACUGUAGCCGCAUACCCCUCUGGGUCAACACCAAUGCCCGUGAACGUGCCGACCGGUCCAGUGACUCCGGGCAUAGCUGGUGGCUCCACCGCUUCAGCUCACAUGGAUGGAAGCUACAUGUUCGAGCCCGUGUCGAGCUCUGCUUUCUUCAUCCGGAACGAUGUCACCGGCAACGAGCUCCUCAUCUUUGGCGAUAUUGAACCUGAUUCAGUUAGCAUGUUCCCCCGAAACCACGUGGUCUGGGAGGAUGCGGCAGGUAAAAUUAUACAUGAAACUCUGCAAGCGAUAUUUAUCGAAUGUUCCUACGACGACCGGGUCCGCAAUGAAGAUCUGUAUGGCCACCUCUGCCCUAGGCAUUUAAUUGCCGAACUUGUUUUCCUGGCCAACUGUGUCGUCGUCAAACGUAAACAAAUAGCUUCUGGGACGAUUCCAUCUUCUGCCAGCCAGACAUUCGACGGACAAUCUACAUCAAAAUCAGUUGACUCCUCACCCAUAGUUCCUGACAUGAGCAUGGGACAACCGCCCACUCCCUCUGAACUUAAACGCAAACGCAAGCGUACCCUCAACGGCGACCUCAGCACGAGCCAGGAACCUACGCAAACCACAUUCGACAACGCGUCCUCCUCACAACCCAUCUCGAGCCCCUAUGUCGGAAAUCGAACCGGAUCCGUCUCCACGACCCGCAGGAAACACUCACACUCGCCUCGAGAUGCCACCGCUAUGGCUCCUUCCGCAACUCCAGUUCGCGGACGUGCCGUGCAGUUUCAAUCUGCUCCUGGCGCAAGUCCGGUGCAAUCUACCGGUCAAAUCAUUUCUGGCCCAAACACUCCUCUCGCCUCCGUGACGCCCACAGCUACACACCACCACUCACAGUCCAACUCCUCACAUAUAACAUUACGUGACAAGCUUGCCGAGCCCCUCAAAGGUUUGACAGUCCACAUCAUCCACGUGAAGGACACGAUGCUAGAUGGGCCGCCUCCUGGAGAGGUUAUUGUGUCCCAACUGCGUGCUCUGAGCGAAGAGGCCGGCCUUGGAGUUGAAUUUAAUGUCACGAAUUGUGGGGAUAGUAUUUGGGUGUGA